AUGCACGCUACCGUCUUCCCAAAAUUCUAUCUAUCUAUCUAUCUAUCUAUCUAUCUAUCACCAUUUUUGACUAUUUACACGCAAUUACUAAAUAUAACGAAUUUAUAUCCUGAAUAUUUAGUGUUCAUCGUACCAGAAAUACAACAUAGAUGUGCUAUUCCUGGUUUACUAAACGAUACCUACGAAGUCCAAGAUACAAACCACGCCGAUCUAAUCAUGGACUAUAUUCCACAGUACAUGAAAGACGGCGAGCAGAAAUAUAGCAAUUGCUAUUUCUACAGCAAUGAAACACUGGACAGUAACGGAACGAUGCAUGCAUGUAAUUCUUGGGUUUAUGACAAAUCACAGUAUCAUACAUCAGUUACCAGUGAUUUGAACUUGGUAUGCGGUCGUGCAAUUUUCACUCAUCAUGUGAAAACUGCCUUUUUUGUCGGAGCAUUUAUCGUUUUUGUAUUUGGUGGAUGGAUCUCAGAUAAGUAA